AUGAGUGUCUUUCAAUCACUAAGGCGCGCCUUUCCCAUCAAAGGCCCCAAGUCUCACGGAACAGGUUUUCAAUCAGGUCACACACCAGUCCACAGCACACGGCCCUUUCGGCACGUUCCAGUGAUACAAAAGCACUACCGUGGCGAUCCACAACUGCGCAAGGAUGAAGACGCUCCGCGUAUAGACAGAGAUAUCAAGGAGUUGGAAGGCGAUCUUCUUGCCAUCAAGAUGAGACUGAAGGGAUUGGGAUACCGUGACAGCGACGUCCUGAACCAGUUGGAGGCUAUGUAUGGGGCAUCGAGAGAGACUCUCUGGGCUCUAAACGACGUGAAGCGCAAGCUGAACGAAGAAAGGGAACGAAAAAAAGCUGGCGUUGGGGACAAAGAAGGCCUUAGAUUAUGCAAUCUGACCUGCCUAAUUAUACCUCUUCAGAACUCUAGGCAAUUGAGUAUCGCAGCAGCGAACUCACGAUCACAACCUCAGACGAUCAUUUAA